AUAAGAAUGAAUGGACUAAGCUUUGGUGAACUAUGCUGCCUGUUCUGUUGUCCCCCUUUACCGGGUCGGAUAGCUGCCAAGCUUGCCUUUCUACCGCCCGAACCGACCUACAACCUAACACCGAUCGACGAGUCCAAGGCAAAGUAUUUGCUCAGCUUCAACGAGCGUGCCGAGUGGCCCUACUCGGAGCGUGAAAAGGAAAAUGUGGAGGGGUUCUUCACACGUACCUCCCGCGGCAACAAACUGUCCUGCAUCUACGUGAAAUGUACACCGAGCGCCAAGUAUACGCUACUGUUUUCCCACGGCAAUGCGGUCGAUCUCGGGCAGAUGAGCAGCUUCUACCUUGGGCUGGGAUUGCGCAUCAACUGCAACAUCUUUAGCUAUGAUUAUUCCGGCUACGGUAUGAGCGGUGGCAAACCGUCGGAAAAGAACCUGUAUGCGGACAUUGAGGCGGCGUGGCAUUCGCUGCGCACCCGGUUCGGUGUUAGUCCGGAAAAUAUAAUACUGUACGGUCAGAGCAUUGGUACGGUGCCGACGGUUGAUCUGGCGGCCCGGUACGAAGUUGGGGCUGUGAUUCUGCACUCUCCCCUGAUGUCGGGGAUGAGGGUAGCCUUUCCAAACACGAAGCGCACCUGGUUUUUCGAUGUGUUUCCCAGUAUCGAUAAGGUGUCGAAGAUAUCAUCACCGGUGCUAGUUAUACACGGCACGGAGGAUGAAGUUAUAGAUUUUUCGCACGGUUUAAGCAUUUACGAAAAGUGUCCGAAAGCUGUAGAACCGUUGUGGGUUGAGGGAGCUGGACAUAACGAUGUGGAGCUGUACAAUCAGUAUCUGGAUCGGCUCAAGAAGUUCAUCGCGGUAGAGCUGGGCAACUGACAAUUAAAGAAUGCCUCUUCCGGUCAACUUUCGUCUUCUUCGUCGGCCGGAGCGGCAGUACCCCCGAAAAGCCCGCAA